UUCUACCAAACUAUCUAAUCGUCAAGUUUUUUUUUUCAAAUGUGCAUUAUAUAUUUAAAACACUUUCCAGCCUACAUUUUGCGAUUAGUCUUUCGUAAAAGUUUCCAAAGAUGAGAACAUUGACGUUGGGAAUAUUUUGCCUGCUCGCUGGCCUGGUUGCUGUGAGUUGUUCCCCCCUGCGCAGCAGCAGUGAGGAUUUAAUUGAAAAUCGUGCCACUGGCAAUGUCAAGUUUUAUCUUUACACCAAAAGUAAUCCCAGUACGGGCCAGCAACUUUUCAUAAAUAAUGAAGAUUCGGUGAAAAAAUCCAAUUUCGAUAAGUCCCGAGCCACAAGAAUUAUUAUUCACGGCUGGGGUGGUUCCUAUACCUCCACUCCCAAUAAGCCCAUACGUGAAGCCUAUCUAUCCAAGGAUAAUUAUAAUAUCAUAUCCGUUGAUUGGAAUGAAUAUGCAAAAUUAAAUUAUGUUUCCGCCCGGGCCAAGGUUCCGUUGGUGGGCGAGGAUGUGGCCGAAUUUAUUGAUUUUCUAAAUGCAAAAUUUGCCAUGAGCUUUGGUAAUUUGGUGGUGAUUGGCCAUAGUUUGGGUGCCCAUGUGGCCGGCUAUGCUGGCAAAAACGUGAAACGUGGUAAAUUGGAAGCCAUUGUUGGCUUAGAUCCUGCCUAUCCCCUGUACAGCUACGAUAGCCCGACCACACGUUUGGCUUCAACUGAUGCCAAAUAUGUGCAGACCAUACAGACGAACGGCAACGUAAAGGGUUUCCUUAAACCCAUUGGCACAGCUUCAUUCUAUCCCAACUGGGGUCGUGUGCAACCUGGCUGCGGCACUGAUUUGGAUGGUGUCUGCUCCCACGGUCGUUGUGUCAGCUAUUAUGCCGAGGCCAUUAAGGGUUAUUCUUUUGCUCCCGUCUAUAAAUGUCAAAGCUAUGAUAAUAUUUUGGAUAAGACCGGUUGUAAUGUUGUCGAUAGCAGUGCCCAAAUCGGAGAUCCAAUGCAGGUUAAGCGUGUUAAUGGCAUUUUCUAUUUUAAGACGAAUAGUGCGGCGCCAUUUGGACAACUGUAAAAUAUCGUUUUUGGGAA